AUGGCAGGCGAGAACGACCCAAGGAAGAUCAGCAUCAAGCCGCGAGUGCGGUACAACACCAUCGGUGGUGUCAAUGGGCCGCUGGUCAUCUUGGAGAAUGUCAAAUUCCCACGAUUCAACGAGAUUGUGUCCUUGACACUUCCCGAUGGCACGGAGAGGAGUGGGCAGGUGCUGGAGGCGAGAGGCAACCGAGCUGUGGUGCAGGUGUUCGAGGGCACUUCUGGCAUUGAUGUCAAGAGGACCAAAGUCGAAUUCACCGGCCACAACCUCAAGCUCGGUGUCAGCGAAGACAUGCUGGGCCGUAUCUUUGACGGCUCCGGUCGCGCCAUUGACAAGGGACCCAAGGUGCUCGCAGAAGACUACCUAGACAUCAACGGCUCGCCCAUCAACCCCUACAACCGUGUCUACCCCGAAGAGAUGAUCUCGACCGGUAUCAGCGCCAUCGACACCAUGAACUCUGUCGCUCGUGGGCAGAAGAUCCCCAUCUUCAGCUCUGCCGGUCUGCCACACAACGAGAUCGCCGCGCAGAUUUGUCGACAGGCUGGUUUGGUGCAGCAGCAACAGGCGAAGAGCAUGAACAAAGGCACGCAUGAUAACCACGAGGACAACUUCAGCAUUGUUUUCGGUGCUAUGGGUGUGAACUUGGAGACCAGCCGGUUCUUCACGAGGGAGUUUGAGGAGAACGGAAGUAUGGAGAGGGUGACGCUGUUCACCAACUUGGCCAACGACCCGACCAUCGAACGUAUCAUCACGCCCCGUCUGGCCCUCACGACCGCAGAGUACUACGCCUACCAGCUCGAGAAGCACGUCCUGGUCAUUCUCACCGACCUGUCAUCCUACUGCGACGCCCUUCGUGAAGUCUCGGCUGCUCGAGAAGAAGUGCCAGGACGAAGAGGAUACCCGGGUUACAUGUACACUGACUUGUCGACCAUCUACGAGCGAGCCGGACGUGUGGAGGGCCGCAACGGCAGUAUCACGCAGAUCCCCAUCUUGACUAUGCCGAACGAGGACAUCACCCACCCCAUCCCCGACCUGACAGGCUACAUCACCGAAGGCCAAAUCUUCGUCGACCGCGCCCUCUACAACAAAGGCAUCUACCCCCCGAUCAACGUCCUACCCUCGCUCUCCCGUCUCAUGAAGUCCGCCAUCGGCGAAGGCCACACCCGCGGCGACCACUCCGACGUCUCCAACCAGCUCUACGCCAAAUACGCCAUCGGCCGCGACGCCGCGGCCAUGAAAGCCGUCGUUGGCGAGGAAGCGCUGUCGAACGAAGACAAGCUGUCCCUGGACUUUAUGGAGCGGUUCGAGAAGACGUACAUCAACCAGGGCGCGUACGAGAAGAGGAGUAUCUUCGAUGGGUUGGACCAGGCGUGGGAGUUGCUCAGGAUUUACCCCAAGGAGCUGCUGAACCGGAUUCCGAAGAAGGUGUUGGAUCAGUAUUACUCGAGGCAGGGGAAGAAAGGGACGAGGGAUAAUGACGGAGAAGAGGAGGAGGGGCAGAAUGGGCAGCAGCAGAAUGGGGAGGGGAAUUUGAUUGAUGCGUAG